AUCCCACAAACGGCAGUAAUGCUCAUAACCCUGCACGCCUCGGUCCCUCCAUACAUCAGCUCUUCCCUCAGCAAAUCGACACCCCGCCAUGUAGACGCUCAAAAUCUCCCCUCCAUCCAGGCGCGGGGCCGCAAACUCUGGACGUCGAUCCACGGCAAGUUUGCAAACGCGGUAGAGCAGAAACUCGCCGAGGCGCAUCCAAAGUUGCCCUCUUUUACCGUCGGCACUAUGUAUGGCAACUGUCUCCGGAAUGGCAGGGUGACGACGAGUAUCGGGGCUAUUGCGUGUUUGCAGGCUCAGCAGGGGUUUGCGCCGCAGGUUUAUGACCAUGUUUGUGGACUAAAGAAUGCAUGCAAAGAUGGAAGUCGGACCUCUGAGAAAGGCAUCGGGGAGGAGGAGGCUAUCAGGUGGCUAUUGAGUAACGAGGGGUGUGUGUGGAUUCUGGAGAAAGUAGAUCAAAUGGCUGAAGCGAUUGCGCAGGACAGUCGGAGUGAUAUGGUACAUGUUGAUUCGAAGCUC